GAUGCUGAGGCAGAGAGGAAUCUGCGCGCGGGCAACUCCUUCCCUGAUUUCCACUUCUUCUGAAGGUGUCUGAAACCGUCGAAGUAGAAAGUGCAAUGGCGUCCUCUGGAGCUGAUAUCCAGGUCAAGGAACUGGACAAGCGUGCCUCAGGACAGGCUUUUGAGGUCAUCCUGAGUCCCACGGCUCCAGAUGCCAAGGGAGAAUUCCCACUUUCCACCCCCAAGAAGAAGGAGGUUUCUUUGGAUGAGAUCCAGAAAAAACUAGAUGCAGCAGAGGAGAGACGCAAGAACCAUGAGGCAGAGGUACUGAAGCACUUAGCUGAGAAACGAGAGCAUGAGAAGGAGGUCCUUCAGAAAGCUAUGGAGGAGAACAACAACUUCAGCAAGAUGGCAGAGGAGAAACUUAACCAGAAAAUGGAAGCCAACAAAGAAAACCGCACAGCACGCAUGGCAGCUAUGAAUGAGAAAUUCAAAGAGAAGGACAAGAAGCUUGAAGAGGUACGAAAGAACAAAGAAACAAAAGAGGGAGGCGAGGAUGAAAACUAAGUCUCACCUCUCAUUUUCCUUUUCAUUUAGGGUAUAGUAUUGGGUUUUUUAAUGUAUCCAAAGAUUUAUUUUUUGUUCCAUUAAAUGGCCAGUUUUCCGUGUUUGGAUCCAUGUACUUGCCACUUUUUUAUUAAGGAGUUUUGGGGAAAAGCUGGUGCACAAAAUUUCAUCACUUUGUGUGUAAUCAGUUCUGUCUUUCAUCAUCCCCUCUAACCUGUAGAUUUGUCCAGUUGCAACUCUAUAGCGUUUAAAACGAGCAGCGUAGGGAAGCAUGCCUGUGUUAUGCAUAGGUCUAAUAUAUACUUGGUAUACUGCAUUGUGCAAGUCCACCUGUUCCCUUGUAUGUCAGUACUGCCAUCCUUUGAGCUUAAUAAAGUUGCACAGUUGUUUGUUAUUGUGCCAGUUUUGCCACUGCCUCUUUGUUGAUCUGUCAGUCAGCCAGAGUGUAAUGUGGAGUAAAAAAAAACUUUCACAAUUUGUACAUUAUGGAGUUGAAUGGCAGUUACUGGAAAAUAGGUUUUGCCAGAAUAAUCAGAUCUUUUGGACACUUUUUGAUGUACUCUUUGUAAUCUGCAUGGUAUUCUUAGUGUUAACAACACAUUUCAUUAUCCGCAAGCAUUUCCUUUACUGGACCAUACUUUUAUAGUUAUUCAUAUUCAAUAUGCACUAAUAAAAAAAGAAACUACUUGCAAUGUGUGAACAUUAAAAAACUAAUAAAAAUGUCGCUUGAGACUGUAUUUGAACAAUACUGGCAUCUAGUGGUUGUGAGUUUGUCAAGCAGUUAUUAGAAUAAACGUGUCUCAAAAUGAUUUCAGAAAAAAAAAACAUUGAGACAUCGACAGCUAUUAUUGAUUCAUCCUUUGUUGCAGGAACAGUUAGAUGCAUGAACAUUUAUGGAAGUAGUUAACAGCUUUGCAGUGAUAAAUGGCUUGUCCACAUGCCGUCACAUUAUUAUGUGUUGAGAAAUAGUGCAUCAAUCUUUUCUAAAAAUGAAUCCAACCUUAUUUUAUGAUUCUGAACUCCCUUAGAAGCAAUUACAUGCAUCCAAAAAGAUCAUGUCCAGUACUAUGUUGUGUGAAUAAAUGUUUUUUUAAUCGAAUAAAAUAAAAAUGAAAUCAA